UAAUCAAUGCGAGUAGCCUCCCCUGCACAAAAUGGCUGCGUUCUGGACUCCGCAUGACUGUUUCCAAACAUUUUACAUGAUGUGCAUUUGCCUUGCAUUGUAGGAAAUAAUUGAUCAGUCUUUUCUGAUGGUAUGAGAAGAAUUUUUCAGACAGUCUUUUCGAUUGUCACAUUUCACACAAAGCAUAAGCGCUGGACAACAAAUUUACGCAGCGCCUUCAAAAUGAGCGAUUAUAACACUGAGAUAAAUAGAGGUGUGGAUGGCGUAGGCAGACCGCCGGACGGCGGGACUAAGUGCUUUGUAGCACGCGCUAAUCCCGUCACAGGCAAAACGGAGUGGAUCAUGCAAGCUGCGGACUAUGAUUAUCAUCAAGAAAUUGCAAGAUCAGCAUAUGCAGACAUGUUACAUGAUACAGAGAGAAACCAGAAGUACUAUGCCGCCAUAAUCAAAGCAGUGCAAGUGUUACGGGCAAGGGGGUGUGAGGUUCGUGUGUUGGAUAUUGGGACUGGCACCGGUCUGUUGUCCAUGAUGGCUGCCACUGCUGGUGCUGACACAGUGACUGCAUGUGAGGCUUUUCAACCCAUGGCUGAAUGUGCAUUGUCAGUGAUCGAAGCCAAUGGUUUUGCCGACAAAAUUAACCUGAUUCCUAAACGAUCAACAGAAGUUACUGUUGGGCCAGGUUGUGACAUGCCCUGUCGUGCUAACUUGCUGGUAACAGAAGUGUUUGACACUGAACUUAUUGGGGAAGGAGCCAUCAGGACCUACAACCAUGCACAUCAGUAUCUCCUGGAAGAGGACUGCCUUGUGGUUCCGGGUGCAGCCAACAUGUAUGUGCAGCCUGUUACCUCAAGCUUUAUUCGUCGCUGGAACACUCCUCAGCAGAUUGAGGUGUCACCAGGUGAUCACAUCACUUUCCCAGUUGAGUUCAUGGCCUGUGCUGGUGCUCCUUCCCUACAUGACUUGCAGUUGGACCAAGUGGAUGAAAAUCUCUUUUCUCCACUAAGCCCACCAGUCAAAGUGUUCAGAUUUGACUUCAGCAGGCGAGGUGCUCUUAAAACCUGGGACAGUAUUCACUCCGUGGUGAAGCCUGAUAGAGACGGGACAGUUGAUGCUGUGUUCAUGUGGUGGGACCUUGAGAUGGACCCUGGAAAAGAGAUUCGCCUUAGUUGUGCUCCAAGCUGGGCACACCCAGAUGGCAAGUCACUGCCAUGGAGGGAUCACUGGAUGCAGGCCAUUUUCUACACAACACAGUCAUUGCAUGUGAAGAAAGAUGAAGAUUUCAGCAUUGUCAGUCAUCAUGAUGAAUACAGCCUCUGGUUUGAGGCAGCACUUCUUAACCAGGAAACAAAGAUUCCUGAACGUCCUGUGUGCACUUGUGGUUUGCAUCUGACUUACAGUCGCUCACGCCUGGCCAUGCUGAGUGAUUCUAAUCGCAACGAUCUCUACCUCAGAGUUCUUAGGAAGUACAUUGGAAAUGCUUCAGUUUGUCUAUGCAUCAGUGAUGGAAGUUUGCUGCCUUUGAUGGCGGCCAAGCUUGGGGCUGAAAAAGUGUUCACCAUAGAAAGUAAUGCAAUGUGUGCUCGCCUCAUGCACAUGCUUAUCAAGGAAAAUAAGCUGGAGGACAAAGUUACAGUCAUAGAAAAGCUGCCAGUAGACAUCACAGGGGAGGAUUUUCAGGGCAUGAAUAUUGAUAUUGUGAUUGGAGAGCCAAGUUUCCAGGCACACGUGCUACCUUGGGAUAAUCUGUAUUUCUGGUAUGCUGUAAAUACCCUGCAACCUUUCUUAUCAUCAACUACACGCAUUUUGCCAGAGUCUGUGUCCAUUCAUGCCAUUGCAAUGCAGUUUAAGGAUCUGUGGAAGAUCCGUGCACCUGUAGGACUUUGUGAGGGCUUUCUACUUAACAUCUUUGACAAUAUGAUCAAGACAUCAGCAGACAUAGUCGAUGAAGAAGUUGAACCUCAGCCACUGUGGGAAUAUCCUGGUGUAGCAUUGUCCCAAGCCACCCAAUUACUCAGCCUUAACUUCACCAAACCAAUCACCUGUUGCCAUGCAGUAGAUAAGACCAUCACACUUAUCUGCGAAGAAGAAGGUACAGUGAAUGGAGUGGCCAUGUGGUGUGUAUUUGAUUUUGGGGAUGGUUUGACCAUUAGCACUGGACCUCAGCAAACACCUGUAGUGGGAGGCAAAGUAGUGUGGGACUAUUACACACGUCAGGCUGUGCAUCUCUUUCAUCAGCCACAUGCACUGGAGCCUGGAGACACUUUGGACUUUGACUUCAAGUUUGUUCCAGAGGAAGGAAAUAUAUGUUUUUGCUGGUGACGUUCAUUUCAGUUAGAUGGAAAAAGAUGUAUAGUAAGUUUCUAAACUUGUCUGUAUGGACACAUAGCACAAGGGAAAUGACUCCUGGUCACAUCAAACAAUCUGUUUACCAAUGUAACUCUUGUUAUUUCCUCUGCUGAGUCUUCAGUGUGCCUGUUAUAGCACACCACAUGAAUGAUGGUGAUAUUCAAGCUUUUAAAAGCUCGAUUGUGUGUUGAAAAUUGUCAAAUCAGAUUUUUGUUGUUUGUUUUUGUUUAUUUUUUUUUUUGGUGGGGGGAGGGGGCAGGGGAGUUUACAGGAAGGAUUGACAAGUCAUGUAAAUUAAAAUUUUACAAUUCAUUUUAGUAUGCAUUUAUACCUGUGCAAAUAAUUUCUGUGGUUUUUUUUUUUUAGUAUUAUUAUUAAAAUAUGCACACAUACAUGCAAACAGACACCCCUCUUUACAGCAGUCAGGUUUAUAUAUCGAUGUCGUUUGUUGCUGACGUAAAGUUGUUUCAUAAAUCUUGAAUACUAUUUGGAAUAUCAGUACAGUCAUGGAGUUGUUUUGAAUAUCCACUCUUGAAAUCUUAUAGGACCUCUUUCUGAUCUGUUUUUGUCAUCAAAAUGUUUUGCAGAACAAAAAUAAAACUGCAUUUAAUAACAUGAUGAAAAUGGAAAAAUUAUAAUGUAAUAAAGUCUUUGAUGUGGAAAAUUAUUUUCUCAAGCAUUAACCUUAAUAGGAAAUAUUGUAUUAUGCCGAUGCUUUUUCUUCAGGAAUCCAGAAGCUGAAAAUGUACUUACGUGUGCAUAAAUUUCAUUGGCGACUCACUAUAGUCGUUCAAGGUUAUCGCCCUGAUUGUCCUUCUUAUCACCUGUUCACUAUCAUAUCUGCUUCCAGUUUUUUUUAGUAUUAUUAUUAUUUGAAACUGCAGUCACAGAAAUUCAAAUUUGUUCCAGAGACAAUAAAAGUAGGAGCUGAAAUAUUA